UCUCACGAGUCGCUUCCCUCCGCGGCCGCUAGCGGCGGGCGGGGAGGCUACCGACUGAGGGCAGGGACGCUCUCCGGGGACGGUGCGGUGACAGGCGCCUCCCGCCACACCCAGCGCCGAACAGCUACCACAUCCUCAUCUACAGCAGCCCCAGCGCCCCCUAGCGCCUCCCCACACGCACUCCCGGACCAGCCGCACCAGCAUCACAACGAUACCUCCCCGCACCCGCACCCUCACCCGCACUCGCACGCCCACCUGCACAGCGGCUUCCACACGCAGUCCCUGGCGGUGGAGGGCCGAACCGUGGGUCCGCGCCGCUUUGCGGAGUGGGUGCUGAAGUGGCUGGUGCGGGAGCCGGCCCUGCUCCGCAGCAAGAGCGUGCUGUGGGUGUCCGAGUGCCGCUCGCGACGCCUCACCUUCCACCUCAGCGGCCGGCGCCGAGUGGAGUGCAGUCUGGAGGGCCCCUGGGAGGGUCCGCCCCGCAGCUGCCUGGUGCUCGUAGGCAAAGAGGAGGCUGCCGUACGGAGAUUGAGG